AGAGCGUUUUCUUGCUCAAACACCAGCAGCGGCCACGUACGCCCCGUGACGGAGGGAGCUUGACUUUUACACGAUCGCAGACGCGAUGAAGAUGUCAUGGGCCCAACGUGUGCGCUCCAAGAGCAAGCAAGAGAAGUUAGGAAAAGGCGAGCUCCAUGCGCAGCAGUUCAAGGUCUUCUUGAACGAACUGAAGCUGGACCCCGAGAGCCUCGUGGUUGAGGUGGAGAAAUGCCGCCUUCAACGCGAGUCGAAGGCCGAAGCCGAAGCCUUGGAGAAGUGCGAGGCCGAAGCGUUGGAACAGCGCCGGAGUCGAAGCCGCAACUCCUUCCCCAAGAAGCCGGUGGUCGAACAAGACGAACUGGAGCUGGGAAGCGACGCCAUGAUGCAACGGCAAACGUCUGACUCGAGUGGCAUCUCUCAAUCGUACCUCCAGCGCAUGGAUGCUGCCUUCCUACGGCACACCACCCCCGCCUGUCAGGGCGCCCUCUAUGAGAACGGGCCAAACAUUCUUCACUGUGAGCGGAGCGUGGUGCACCUGUGAUUGCCUGCAGCGGCAGAAGUGGGUGGUUGCAUGGCAUAGGGAGGGUAGGGGCUGUUGCUAACACGGAAAAUAG